GAUAAACCAGAAACUGUAAAUGAGGAUAAUAAUAUAAGCGAGAAAGCCGAAUCUUUACUGGAGGAAGAAGUAGGUGAACCCAAUGAUUCUUUAGAUUCUAACUCGGAACCCUCUGAUGAUGAUGGGUUCUGUGGAUUUUCUGACGAUGAUGAUGAAGGAUAUUAUUAUGAUUUAAAUACCGGUGAAACCUAUACAAAAUCGGAGCGUUCAAUUUGUGCAUAUUAA